AUGUUUAAUGUUCAUGAACGUGGCAGAAUGCUUGCAGUUUAUUUGUUCGCGCAACAACUUGGGUCCAUCUCACCAUUCCAUGCCCUCGGUCUCAUCUCUGGAGGUUCCAUCGCCGAUGGCCCUGGAUGGAGAUGGAGUCAGUACAUUGUGGGCAUAAUUUAUGGCGUCUCAGAUGAUACGACAACAUACUGGAACUACUUCAAACGUCCCUUCUCCCUGUGGUCGUUUCCUACAGCUGUCAUUCCGGGGUUCAUCUUCGCUUUUGGAUGCACAGCCUGGAUAGUAUCCUUCAAUACUGUAUCAGAGAUCUUUUCCUCUGAUCCACAUGACUUCUCAUCAACGACCGAUGUCCUUCUUUGUUUCGCAACUCUCAUCAAAUCUACCAUCGGUUUACUCACUGGAGUGUUAUCUGAUCAUAUUGUUAUUUUCCUUGCCCGCCGCAACAAAGGAGUCAAAGAGCCUGAAAUGCGUCUCUGGACCCUUACCGCAAGUUUCGUGUAUGCUGCUGUUGGAUAUUUGCUCUAUGGCUGGGUUGCUCAGACAUAG